CAGUUGCAAUCGAUUUAGUGAUCGAAUCUAAGUUGAAAACUUAUACUCAAUUCAAGAUGAAAUAUUUCGCUGUGCUGCUGCUGCUGUGCGCCCUCUUGGGCUCUGCAUUGGCUGGCCUCAAGAAUCCUGUCUGUGGUGAGGAGUUUGGCAAGAUCGGCACCUGUCGUGCCCUGCAGCCGAUGUGGACUUACCGCCGGGACACCAAUGAGUGCAUCAACUUCAAUUAUAGCGGCUGCCAAGGCAACAACAAUCUCUUCGAGUCGAAGAGCCUCUGCGAGAAGACCUGCAAAGUUUGAGUGAAAUAAUUUUACAAGCUGCUUAAAUAAAUGU